UGCUCUCCUCUGCGAAACCCCCACUCUGGAGGAGAAAAGCAGGUAGAAAGGGUUGGUUCGGGUUUUCUCGAGGGACCUCCCCCAACCCCCCCUUUCUGUAUUUACCAAGAAGAGGCGCUUCUAUCCCCAACACGGAGCAUCUGAGAAAACUUCAUUUCACCUCGACUAAUAAAUGCCAAGAAAAGCACCAACGAAUCAGGAUCUCUACUCUGCAACGAGAGGAAAGACGAACUGUAGGAAAAACACUUAAAAAAAAAAAAAAAACCCCAAAAAAAACAGCAAGAAAAAAAAAAUCGCACGGAUCGUCGCCGUGGCCUUUCUCAAUGCAUCCCCUUUGUGCCCGUGGAACGAUGAAGCCAGAAAUAAACGCCGCCGUCGGGUUUCUGUCGAGAUUUCUGAGAGUAAAAGGACACGUAAACGACCGACAGGUCCAAACGUUCAGCCAAAGCUUACAGGACAUUCUGGCAGAGCAAUAUAAGCACCACUGGUUCCCAGACAAGCCCUGCAAGGGCUCGGGUUACCGCUGCAUCCGCAUCAAUCACAAGAUGGAUCCACUGGUCGGGCAGGCUGGCCAGCGCAUUGGCCUUACCAUCCAGCAACUCUACCUGCUGCUGCCCAGCGAGCUCACGCUUUGGGUGGACCCCUUCGAGGUGUCCUACCGCAUCGGCGAGGACGGCUCCAUCUGCGUCCUGUACGAGUCACAGCCUGGGCCCGUUGGCAUGCCCCUGUCCGCCAGCUCUGCCUUAGGACACGGGUCUGUUGGCUCCAUGGUGGACAGUCACCUCAGCUGUAAGGAGGAAAUGAGGGUGCUGGGCAGGACCAGUCCCUCCAAAGCCUACAACAACAUGAUGACUGUGUCCAAUUAA